AUGUUCGCUGCCACUCGUGUCCUCUCUUCCGUCGCUGCUAAGCGUACCUUCGCCACCUCUGCCGCCAACCUCUCCAAGGUUGCCGUUCUCGGUGCUGCCGGUGGUAUUGGCCAGCCUCUCUCCCUUCUUCUUAAGAACAACACCAGAGUUACUGACCUCUCCUUGUACGAUAUUGUCAACUCCCCCGGUGUCGCUGCUGAUUUGAGCCACAUCAACACCAACUCCAAGGUUGCUGGUUUCGGACCUGAGAACGAUGGUCUCAAGAAGGCUCUUGAGGGCUCUGAGAUCGUUGUCAUCCCCGCUGGUGUCCCCAGAAAGCCCGGUAUGACCCGUGACGAUCUUUUCAACACCAACGCUGGUAUUGUCCGCGACCUUGCUGAGGCCUGCGCCAAGCACUGCCCCAAGGCCAACUUCCUCAUCAUCUCCAACCCCGUCAACUCCACUGUCCCUAUCUUCGCUGAGGUCCUCAAGAAGCACGGUGUCUAUGACCCCAAGCGUCUUUUCGGUGUCACCACCCUUGAUGUUGUCCGUGCUUCCCGCUUCGUCUCUGAAGUUAAGGGUAAGGACCCCAAGGAUGUCAAUGUCACUGUCAUCGGUGGUCACUCCGGUGUCACCAUUGUUCCCCUUCUUUCCCAGACUGGUGAGAAGUUCUCCCAGGAGGAGCUUGAUGCUCUUACCAACCGUAUCCAAUUCGGUGGUGACGAAGUCGUCAAGGCCAAGAACGGUACUGGUUCUGCCACCCUUUCCAUGGCUUUCGCUGGUGCUCGCUUCGCCGACAGCCUUCUCCAGGCUAAGCAAGGCAAGAAGGGUAUUGUUGAGCCCACCUUCGUUGAGUCUCCUAUCUACGCUGACCAAGGUAUUGAGUUCUUCGCCACCAACGUUGAGCUUGGUCCCGAAGGUGUUGAGAAGAUCCUUCCCGUCGGUGAGACCUCCGAGUAUGAGAAGGACCUCAUCACCAAGUGCAUUGCUGACUUGAAGAAGAACAUCGAGAAGGGAAAGAGCUUCGUCAAGGCUUAA